GUCCUGAGCAUCUGCUCUUAUUUUUCUCUCAUGUUGAUGUUUUUCCCAACCACUCUCGUUCAAAACAGGUCCUUGUUCUCAUGAGACAGUGCUCCUGUUUUCAUGAGACAGUGUUCUCUGUUCCCACAGGACAGCUUCUUCAGGAUGCAUCAGUAUGUUGUCAGGAUCAGGGCCUCCAUUUUCAGUCCUCUCUUUCAGUCCAUCUCAGGGGGAUACUUUGAUCUGGUCAACAUCUAUUGCUUCGUCAGUAUGUGCCAAGGUGCUGACAGACCCGCUGUCACCCCUGACACACCCCAGUUGCUGCCACAGUCCCUUCCAGUCCGCCAGCCGUGACCACGCCCCCUCAGCAUUGGCCACUCCCCUUUAACAGAGACCACGCCCCUCAGCCGUGGUCACGCCCCCCAGGUUUCGCCCCCCAGGUUUCACCCCCCAGUUUUACCUGUGGCUGCUCUGGGAAGGGGUCAAAAAUCACGAGAUGGAGCGGGAAAGCCUGAGGGUGCUGGUGCUACUGGGAGUUCUGUCCAUGGCAAGAGGGAACUCCCACCCUGAUGCCAACAAUCCCUUCCAGUACGACUGGCAUCACCUGCGUGUGGCCGGGUUGGGCGUGGCCGCCUUCCUGUGUGUCCUGGGCUUCAUCGUCCUGCUCAGUGGGAAGUGCAAGUGCCGGAGCAAGGCCAGCCACCAACGACACCCCCCUGAGAUGUCACACCUGGUUGGGACAGGAGCCGUCAGCACGUGCUGAGGUGUCCCCAAGUGUCCCCGAGUGUCCCCAAGUGCAGCAACACAUGGAGGGGGGAGGGACGGGUUUAUUUUGGGGUGGAACCCCCCAAAAACAGCCCAACAAAUGG